GCAAGAGAGUCUGCAAGUUGAUUCAACCAUAGCUGACCUGAAGAGAGUAUGAGUUCAUUUGACCUCCAAGCGCAGUCACCCCCUCGAUGCAGCCCUCAGUUCCCCAGCAUUGGCCAGGAGCCCCCAGAGGUGAAUAUCUUCUGUGAAAACUUCUUCCACCAGCAGAACGCACAGCGGCCAUCCAACUAUGACAUUGAGGACUACAGUUCAUCUGGGAACCCCUACCUCUGGCUGAACGGACCCCCAAUGAACUCCUCGUCUUACCUGCCUGGUUCCAAUGGCAGCCCCUUCAUCCCACAGUCGUACGGGAUGCCCAGGCAGUUCCUCCCGAACAGUGGUAGCUUGGGGGGUUCGGAUCUGGGCUGGCUCUCCAUCCCCAACCAGGAAGAGCUGCUGAAGCUGGUGAGACCCCCAUACUCCUACUCGGCUCUGAUUGCAAUGGCGAUCCAUGGAGCCCCGGAUAAGAGGCUGACCCUCAGCCAGAUCUAUCAAUAUGUGGCCGACAAUUUCCCCUUCUACAAUAAGAGCAAAGCUGGCUGGCAGAACUCCAUCCGGCACAACCUCUCACUCAACGAUUGCUUCAAGAAAGUCCCCAGAGAUGAGGAUGAUCCAGGGAAGGGAAAUUACUGGACACUGGAUCCCAACUGUGAAAAAAUGUUCGAUAACGGAAACUUUCGGCGUAAGAGGAAGAGGAAGUCUGAUCCCAACUCCGUUGCCAGCAAUCUCGGAGCUGAGAAAUCUGACGACAGCGCUCACAAGGCUCCCCAGAGUCCUGGAAUCCCAGACACCUCCUCUGCUCGGACAGGAACCUCUCCAGAAAAGAAAUCCCCAGCUCCCCUUUCGGCUCCCUGCCUCAGCAACUUCAUUUCCAGUAUGUCCACAUACAACAACCCAUCAGGAGGGAGGCAAGCUCCCCUUGGACUGGUCAGUGAUACUUCCCAGAGAAUGGGACAGGGCAUGAUGGGCUUCAGUUCAUACUCGCCUUCCGGGAACAUCUUGGGCCAGUCCGGGACGGAAUGGACCGACCCAGGAACGUCAAACCAUUACGGAUACUCUUCAGUCCUAAACCAGUUCAACAAUCACUUCUACAACAGCAUCAAUGCCAACAGUCUGUUGUAUUCCAGGGAAGGUACAGAGGUGUGAAUGGAAGAUUUGCACAAUGAAGGAUUGAUGUAAAAAGUCAAUAAUUACAACAACAGAAAAAAAAAUCCAUUUGAUGCAGAGUAGUUUAUUUAUGAGAAAACAUUUUGUGAGAAUUGUAUUCCAGUGUUUUAACUCUAUAAUUUGUUUAACAGGACACUUGUAUCACUUAAAACCAAUGAUCUUGAAGCUUGGGGAGAGCAGGUGUAUGUUAUGGUGUUUCGGGAGACUCUAUAAUGUUUGGACUGAGGUUCCAAAUAAAUAACACUGACAUUAAUGAGACCAGAAGACCCAGGAGCACAAUAGCCCAUUUAGUCUGCUCCAUCAUUCAAUGAGAUCAGGAUAAUGAUCUGAUGAUCCUCAACUCCAUUUUCCUGCCUUUGUUCCUUAACUGAUUAAAACUCUGUCUGUCUCAAUCUUGAGUAUAAUUAACAGCCCUCUGCAGUGAAGAAGUAAUAGACCAUUUCCAAAUCUUUGGGCCCACGACAUUCAAAUAUGACUAUGAGAGACAAGUUGGGAUUGGAUUUGAGGGCUAUAUUUUCCAGGGCUAACAGUCUCCCUUGGCCACUGGGUCAAAGUUCACAUACCACAUUAAAGCAAUACUUUCUGAGCUCAUCCCAACGAGGCAGUCUCACAUUGGGUGGCAUGGUGUCUCAGUGCUUAGCGCUGCUAGCCUCACAGUGCUAAGGACCCAGGUUUGAUUCCACCCUCGGGCGACUGUGUGGAGUUUGCACACUCUCUCUGUGUCUGUACGGAUUUCUGCCAUGUGCUCUGGUUUCCCCCCGCAGUUCAAAGAUGUGCAAGUUGGGUGGAUUGUCCAUGCUAAAUUGCCUUGUAGUGUGCAAGCAUGUGUAGGUUAGGUGGAUUAGCCAUGGGAAAUAUGUGGUUACGGGGAUAGGUUAGCAGGGUGGGCCUGGGUAGAAUGCUCUUCAGAGGGUCAGUAUGGACUGAAUGGCUUGCUUCCAUACUGAAAGGAUUCUAUAACUGGAUCUGAAUUAAUGAAAAUCCGAAAGGUUGUAGGCUGCUCUGAGGCCAAUUGAAGAUUAUUUGUUGUAAGUGCCUGUUGUUGCAACAGAUCCAACAAAUAAUCUUCAACUGACCUCUGCUCCUGAGCUCAGUAAGUGUAAAACUCAUUCCCCCGCCAUCGCUAUUCAGUAACUAUCUGUUAGAAAGCGUGCGGGCUUUGGCUGGAGACCAAGAACGGGUUUCGCUCACUCUGAUGAUCUUCACGGUUGAUAAACCUGACAAAUUCUCUCCCUACCUUUUGCAAUGACUGGGAAGGUAGAAAGCACCUGUCAUAAUAGUACAGUUUUUUUGGGGGAGGGAAGAAGAACAUUGGUAAAGAUCCAAAACUAUCAAUAAUUUAAUGCUUGCAUCCAAUUCUGACAGUCAGUGUAGUUACUUAAAUGGGAAGAUUAGAGUCAGUAUAAUAAUAUACUAUUGAGUGUUUUAAGACAAGAUACCCGAAGUGAGUUAAGUCUGCUAAGUAGCAUCCAUUUGUUACAAAUUUCAAACAAUUGUCCAUUACUUUCAGCAAGCUUACUACUGUGUCUCAUUGUGGUUUGUAAUUUGUGUAUUUUUCCUAUGUUUAUUUUUACGCUUUAUAAAAGGUUACCUCAAAGGAAAAAGGGAAGUCAGUUGACAAUAAAAUUCUCUGUAAAGGAGUUGGUUUCUUUUCUUUCUGUUGUCACCAUGAUUGAAGGAAAUUGUGUUUUAAAAGAUAUUUCUUGUCUGGCCCGUGCACAUCAGACAGAGGGCCAUUGGUGCUAUGAAUGGAACAGUUUUGCUUCAGGCAGCCCAUGGUCAUUGUCAAGCGCUUUCAAAUAAAUAACUGGGAGGAGCAAUGUUUAACUGCCUGUACACUAGCCUAUCAAACUCUCCCAGGGAAGCCGUCUUUAUGUUCCGCCUACAUAUUCUGUACCUGUGUGCUUUCUUCCACUUCACCUAACGAAGGAGCAGUG